AUCCCUGGGUGCAGGACAGGCUAGACGGGAAAAGUCAGAGAUACCAUUUCAUCCUUCAGUAACCAAAUAGACCUGAGCGCACUCUGCCGCCUGCUAACAACCCUUCAGAUCUUUAGUCUGGAAAGUGAUGUACUAACAUCCUUGUUAGGUCUGCACGAAGAAAACGUGACAUAAAGAAAGAUGGAAUCUCUAAGCCCGGGAAAACCACGUUCUUACAUAGCCACCAUUCCACUCUUACUUGCUGCUGCAUUCGUUGUUGCUGUACACAGUGAUUGUGGUGUGCCACCACGUUUUGCUUCUGCUGAGCUGAAGGAGGAGUACAGAGAUCAGAGUAAGUUUGCUGUUCAGAGCAAAGUGGAAUACAACUGUCGCCCAGGUUAUACCAAGGCAGAACGAAAGUUAUAUCUUUGGUGCACGUCAUAUUCUCAAUGGUCACACACCAGAGAGCUUUGCAAGGCAAGAUCAUGCCCUCACCCUGGAGAGCCAGAAAAUGGCAGACUUGUUAUUCUAACAGAUCUCAUGUUUGGUGCAACAGUAAACUUCAUCUGUGAAGAGGGGUACAGACUAAUUGGAGAUGCAGAAAGACAAUGUGUGCUUGACGGAUCGCAAGUUACAUGGGACAAAGAGAUUCCAUACUGUCAAGUGAUACCUUGCCAGCCUCCUCCAGAAAUAGAUCAUGGAACACAUACGGGGACGACCAUGGAGGAAUUCAACUAUGGGACAUCUGUCACUUACCAGUGUGACACUAUAGAGAGGGGACAGGUUCCUUUCUCACUUAUUGGAGAGCCCUCCAUUCACUGUACGUCCAUGGAUAAUGUAAAUGGAGACUGGAGCGGGCCUGCCCCUGAAUGCAAAGUCAUUCGCUGUGAACAGCCAAAAGUUGACCAUGGAAAACAGAUGACUGGAUAUAGUCCUGUCUACACCUACAGAGCCUCCGUUCUGUUUGAGUGUGAACACCGCUACACCCUCAAAGGCAGUGACAUACUUCAGUGCAAUGAAAAUAGUAGAUGGGAUCCUCAGUUACCAGUUUGUGAGCGAAGUAGUUGUGAUGACCCACCUUACAUUCGUAAUACUUUUCGAGAUCAUUCUAACAGGAACUUGUUUCCGGCUGGGACUGUAGUGAAAUAUAACUGUGUGGGAGGUUAUGAGUUAAUCCCUGGAAUAUACUCUGCGAAUGUUACCUGUCAAAAAGAUUUUACAUGGUCUGAACAGCAAGAAUUUUGUCAGAAAAUUAGAUGUCCAGAUCCAGACAUUACCAAUGGAAGAGCGAGACCUACAAAAGCAAUCUAUGAGUAUGAGGAUGCGAUUAGCAUUGAAUGUAAUCCCGGUAACGCCCUCAAGGACAAUUAUGGAUUGAUUAAGUGCGAACAUAAUGGUGCAUGGCAUCCUGCAUUACCAGUUUGCAUACCAGCUUGUGAGCCACCUGCACGCAUCUCUAAUGGACGGGACAACCGCAGCUGGAAAAAGGUUUUCCCUGUUGGCUCAAGUGUGACCUACAAAUGUGAGGAUGGUUGGUCACUUGUUGGAGCAUCGUCCGUUCGAUGUAUAGCUGGUGAUGGGGGAACUCCGCGCUGGCAUCGCCCUGCUCCUGAGUGCAAAGCUUGUGAGCCACCUGCGCGCAUCUCUAAUGGACGGGACAACCGCGGCUGGAAAAAGGUUUUCCCUGUUGGCUCAAGUGUGACCUACAAAUGUGAGGAUGGUUGGUCACUUGUUGGAGCAUCGUCCGUUCGAUGUAUAGCUGGUGAUGGGGGAACUCCGCACUGGCAUCGCCCUGCUCCUGAGUGCAAAGCUUGUGAGCCACCUGCACACAUCUCUAAUGGACGGGACGACCGUGGCUGGAAAGAAGUUUUCCAUGUUGGCUCAAGUGUGACCUACAAAUGUGAGGAUGGUUGGUCACUUGUUGGAGCAUCGUCCGUUCGAUGUAUAGCUGGUGAUGGGGGAACUCCGCGCUGGGAUCCAUCUGCCCCUGAGUGCAAAGCUUGUGAGCCACCUGCACACAUCUCUAAUGGACGGGACGACCGUGGCUGGAAAGAAGUUUUCCAUGUUGGCUCAAGUGUGACCUACGUGUGUGAGGAUGGUUGGUCACUUGUUGGAGUAUCCUCCAUUCAAUGUAUAGCUGGUGAUGGGGGAACUCCGCGCUGGGAUCCCCCUGCUCCUGAGUGCAAAGCUUGUGAGCCACCUGCACACAUCUCUAAUGGACGGGACGACCGUGGCUGGGAAGAAGUUUUCCAUGUUGGCUCAAGUGUGACCUACGUGUGUGAGGAUGGUUGGUCACUUGUUGGAGUAUCCUCCAUUCAAUGUAUAGCUGGUGAUGGGGGAACUCCGCGCUGGGAUCCCCCUGCUCCUGAGUGCAAAGCUUGUGAGCCACCUGCACACAUCUCUAAUGGACGGGACGACCGUGGCUGGAAAGAAGUUUUCCAUGUUGGCUCAAGUGUGACCUACGUGUGUGAGGAUGGUUGGUCACUUGUUGGAGUAUCCUCCAUUCAAUGUAUAGCUGGUGAUGGGGGAACUCCGCGCUGGGAUCCCCCUGCUCCUGAGUGCAAAGUUCGGUGUCCAAAGCCAGAUGUGCAAAAUGAAGAAAUGGUCAAUGCGUUAGAUGAAAAAACGUGGUACAACAUGAAUGAAAGCAUUACUUUCAAAUGCUCUCCUGGGUACCAAUUUUCAGACCUUUGGUAUCAGUCUACAACAGACAGCUUGAAUGUUACAUGUUCAGCUAAUGGCACCUGGACAGUGUUACCCAUGUGUGAGAAGCAACUCGAUUCCCCUCAGUGCAACAUGGUUCGCGAGAGUAUAAAGUUUCUCCACUGCGAUGUGUCACUGACAGAACUGAGAACCCUGCUGGAAGUGCAGAAACUGUAUCUGGAGAUUCAGAAACUUAAGCGGGACCUACAAAAAUACAAUGAAUAUGCUGCCCUUGGAAGGAGGCAGAGGGAGGAAAUGCUGUCCCCUCCCGCCCCAGGUGUUUCCUAUGAUGAGGGGGUGACCACAGCCUGCUUUUGUUAUGGUACUAACUGCAGCUGUAUCCGCUCUACCUCGUGCAUGGUCUGCCAUGAGCACAACGCUACAGAGGGGGCUGGGCAGUAUGUGCACUCUGCCCACCCCCUUCCUGGGCCCCUGAAGCUGCAGAGCACUGACUCCCACUUCCCCUUGCUUCAUGUGCCUCUGGGUGGCCCUGGCUGGGGUCUGUGUUGCACAGCGCGCAGGGUGAGGAGCGGCUGCAGCCCUGCCUGGACUGCGCUGUCAGCCCCAUUCUCUGGGAACUCACCUGGCACCAUGAUGUCACUUCCCUCUGGCUGGACCCCGCGGCUCCUGGGGACCCUGGUACUCAUGCUGCUGCCUGGGGGAGCUCUCAGUCAUUGUGUUGAUCCACCUGACAUUCCCAAUGCUGUUCGGAAGACUAAUGUUGGCACAUUGAUUCCAGCUGGGAUGGUGGUUAAAUAUGGCUGCCUCCCAGGUUAUGAGCUGAUUGCUGGAAUACGGCAAGGGCAUGUUACUUGUCUUCAAAAUUCGACAUGGUCUUCAGCUCUGAACUUUUGUCAGAAAAUUCGUUGUCCAGCUCCAGAUGUUAACAAUGGAACACAGGCACCUAUGCCUAGACCUGGAGAGGAGACCUAUGCAUUUGGGGACAGUGUUACAAUUGAAUGUGAUUUUGGGCAUGUUAUCAAAGGCAGUAUCAAUGGAAAUGCUCAGAUUCGCUGCAAUCAUGAUGGCAAAUGGGAUCCUGCCAUACCAGUUUGCGAACCAGUUUGUGCCCAACCUCCGAACAUCUCCCAUGGCCAGCACAGUGACUGGCGCAAGAAAGUUUUUGUUGUUGGAUCAUCGGUAACUUACAAAUGUGACAGAGGCUUCUCACUUGUUGGAAAAACCUCCAUUCAGUGUAUAGCUGGUGAUGAGGUCACUCCAACCUGGAGCGAGCCUACCCCUCAGUGCGAGGAAAUUCGUUGUCCAGCUCCAGAUGUUAACAAUGGAACACAGGCACCUAUGCCUAGAUCUGGAGAGGAGACCUAUGCAUUUGGGGACAGUGUUACAAUUGAAUGUGAUUUUGGGCAUGGUAUCAAAGGCAGUAUCAAUGGAAAUGCUCAGAUUCGCUGCAAUCAUGAUGGCAAAUGGGAUCCUGCCAUACCAGUUUGCGAACCAGUUUGUGCCCAACCUCCGAACAUCUCCCAUGGCCAGCACAGUGGCUGGCGCAAGAAAGUUUUUGUUGUUGGAUCAUCGGCAACUUACAAAUGUGACAGAGGCUUCUCACUUGUUGGAAAAACCUCCAUUCACUGUAUAGCUGGUGAUGAGGUCACUCCAACCUGGAGUGAGCCUACCCCUCAGUGCGAAGAGACUCAGUGUCCAGUCCCACAUAUUCAACAUGGAAGCCAGAAAUCUCCACUCCCACAUAACUAUACAUACAGAACCACUGUAAUGUUUCAGUGUGAUCCUGGUUACCUCCUCAGGGGCGCGGACAGGAUUCAAUGCCAAGCUGAUGGCAAGUGGUAUCCGCAGCAACCCGUUUGUGACCUAGGGAGAUGUUCCUACCCACCAGCACUUGCCUACGCUGACAGAAGCAAUCACAGAGAGUUUCUAGUUGGUACCGUAGUGACCUACUCCUGCAGACCAGGUUACACACCCAUCCCUGGAGUAUCUCCUCAUUUGACCUGUCUUACAAAUUUUACAUGGCCUAAAGUCUCAGAAUUAUGUCAGAAGAUACGUUGUUCAAAGCCAGUGGUUGAAAAUGGAAAACAGAUCUAUCCAGUUAAAACUGAAUAUACGUAUGCCAACCGUAUUGUGUUUCAAUGUGAUCCUGGCUACAUCCUCAGAGGCAGUGAGGGGAUUGUGUGCCGAAGUGAUGGGUUGUGGCACCCGCCAGUACCAUUUUGUGAUAAAACCUGUGGCCGACCUCCACCUAUCAUGAAUGGGCUGCACAAUGGUGGGAUGAAGGAGUAUUUCCCCUAUGAAUCACAAGUGACAUAUAGCUGCGGAGACGGUUUGUCACUGAUUGGAGAGUCCUCCAUUUAUUGCACAUCUGAUGGGGUAAAUAUGAUGUGGAGUGGGCCUGCCCCGCAGUGCAAAGUGGUUCGCUGUCCGAGGCCAGAGGUUGAAAAUGGAAGAAUGACUCAGACAAGGCAAGCGUUUACAUAUGGUGUCACUGUUGGGGUCUCCUGCAAGGAAGGCUACCUGCUCCAUGGCAGUAGAGAGAGUCAGUGUCAGGAUGACAACACCUGGAAUCCUCCUGUGCCAAGUUGUCAGCCAGUGCAGUGUCCAAAGCCAGAUGUGCAGAAUGGAAGAAUGGUCAAUGCAUUAGAUGAGAAAAUGUGGUACAACGUAAAUGAAAGCAUUCCUUUCAAAUGCUCUCCUGGGUACCAUUUUUCAGACAAUUGGUACCUGCCUACAAUAGACAGUUUUAGUAUCACUUGUUUAGCCAAUGGCAACUGGACAGCAUUACCCAAAUGUAAAAAGCAAAGCAAUACUGAAGAAUGUUCAGGGGUACGUGAGAGUAAAGAGUUUGUCCAUUGUGAUGUGCCUCUGACGGAACUGAGAACCCUGCUGGAACUGAAGAAACUGUAUCUGGAGAUUCAGAAACUGAAGCGGGAGAUUAAAAAAUUGUAAUGAAUAGCUGAAAUCUGUGAUCCUAAUUGUGUUAGGAAAGUGAAAGCAAGUAGAGGAACUAGAUUGAACUGUAUGAUCUAAAGGUUUAUUUUCGUACAAGCUUCAGACCCUAUGCAGCUGGAAAUUUACACCAACAACCUUCAGCUUUGCCAUAAUUGCUGCUUACAUUUAGCUUUUAUGCAUUAUAACACAUACAUUCACAGUGGGUGUAUGGCUAUGCUACUGUCUGAUUUACAUUAACCUUAAGGGCAGUGAUGUUCAUAACUCCCUGUACACCACUGAAAAUCUAAGGGUUAGCAAAGCAAUCUUCCCUGUCCUCUUGAUUUAAACUCAGCUCAGCAGAUGUUCUUCCCAAUCUGACCAGAUCUAGUUUUGACUGAUACCAGUGUUAUCACCUGAGGCAUUUUUAUAUCUAAUCACACACAAGAGUAGAUGGUAGAAAUUUAACUGUAGAGAAACAGCUUGCUAAGCGAUUUUCCCAUUGCCUGAUAAAUUGACCUAUACCUUUUGUGAUCAAGUAAUUAUUCCUGCAUUCCAGCAAUAAAAAAUUAUUCCUGCAAUAAAAUGGAAUUGUUAUAACUUU